CCAAUUACUUCUCCGACACAUGAUCUAAGUUCAGUUUCUGACAAAACAACACAAAGUAUGUCAUCUGAAACAUCAUCUGUGUCAUCUGACACAGGCACAAAUGAAACUGCUUCAGUGACUAUCGUUGACACAACAUCAAGCAAUACGCAAGCUACUGGAAUACUUAAUCAUAUCAACCAAACAACCCCAAAUUUGCCUCACUCAUCAUCAAAUAUUAAUGAUUCGACGCCGCAAGACCAAACGUCUGUCCUUACUAACGCAACAACCAAAGACCAAGCGAUGACAGAAACAACAAGUGUUGUUGACGGAACAUCUAUUUUUACUGAAACUACCCCAACAGACAAAGCGAUAAUAUCAACUUCAACUGAAACCACAACCACAGAAAUCAUGACAACAUCUAGUCCCACUCAGACCACAACCACAGGCAUAACAACAACAUCAUAUCCUAAAGAAAGUACAACAACAGAUAUCAUGACUUCAAUUAUUACUGAAAUUAUAAGCACAGGCAUAACGACAUCAAGUCCUACUGAGAUCGCAACCACACACGUAAUGACAACUGAAAGAAAUAUCACAAAAGUAAUGGCAACUGAAACGUCAAGUCAUACUGACAGCACAAUCACAGACGUAAUGACAACUGAAACAUCAAGUCCUACUGACAACAAAACAAACGAUGUUAUGACGACUGAAACUUUAAGUCCUAAUGACAGUUCAACAACAGACGUAGUGACGGCUAUAAUGUCAGGUCGCACUGACAGCACAACCAAAUGCAAAGAUGUGAUGACAACUGAAUCGUCAAUUCUUACUGGCAGCACAACCACAGAAACGCCAAGUCAUACUGACAGCUUAACUACAGACUUACUGGCAACUGAAACAGCAGGUUCUACUAGCAGCACGAUUACAAAUGCAAUUACUGCUAAAACGUCAAGUCCUAGAGAAAGCACAAGGUCUACCGACACCACAACGGCAUACUUAAUGACAACUGAAUCAUCAAGCCAUACCGACAGCACAACAACAGGCAUGGUGACAACUGAAACUUCGGGUUAUACUGACAGCACAACAACAGCCGUUAAGACAACUGAAACAUUAGGUCCUACUGACAGCACAUUCACAGACGCGUUAACAACUGAAACGUCAAAUCCCAUUGACAACACAACCACAGACCUACUGACGCCGACGUCAUUAAGUCUUGCUCACACCACAAUUGAGACAUCAAGUGAAAUGUCUUCCUCUACCAGUUCUAUAGACGAUUUUACCCCUAGUACGCUAGAGCAUACAACAGGGAGCUCAGACCAGACUUGUAAAAUGAUCCUCGAAUUUUCCGGAGGAAACCGGGAUGUACCUUGCAAUAACGAUACUUAUUCUUGGAUUGUUAUACAGCAACGAUUUGAUGGAAGUGUUGAAUUCUACCGAAACUGGGCUGACUAUAAAGCAGGCUUUGGUUCCAUUGAUUCUGAAUUUUGGUUAGGUAACGACAACUUACAUGAGCUGACCAGUGUAUUGGGAUACACUCGUUUAAGGAUUGAGUUACAGGCGUUUGAUGGCCAAGAAGGACAUAUUGAAUUUUCGUUCUCAAUAGAUGACGAAUCGCUUCAAUACAUGAUACACGUUUCGAUGAUAUCGGGAAACAUUUCUGACAGGUUCCGUCUCGCUAACAACGCCCCAUUUAGUACCUUGGAUCGUGACAAUGACGGACACAAUGGGAAGGUGUGUACAACCGAUCACCAGGGCGGCUGGUGGUACGCAAGGGACGCUUUCUGCACAGAGGCCAAUCUGAAUGGAGUGUACUUUGAUACUUAUAUACUAGAAAAAACCGGAAUAUACUGGUUUGGUUUUGCUGGUACAUCCUACAAUACCAUCAAAGGAGUUCGAAUGAUGCUACGAAAACCAUAAAGUGAUUUUGGUUACAAAUUAGUACAACGGAUAGAA